UCACAGUGCGAUACUCCCCUGACCGCGACCCAGCAUUGUGUGUGAUAGGAGCUGAUGUUCUUCAAAUAUUCAAAUAUUAUAAGAACACAUAAUUUUGUUGCAUAAGGAUUAAUUUUAACACUUCGUUUCACCAUUUAAUAUUUUUUAUAUGAUGAAAUAACCAAAGAGGCCAUAGAUAGAACAAAUCUAUCGCUUGGUAGGUGUGGGCCUACAGUUGUCACUUCGUAAAGUGUAGCCACUUCAGACUAAAGCUGAACCAACAUUUUAUAAUCUGCCUUGUGUUAAGGAUUAACAAAGAAUUAAUAAGUAAUCCUACUGUCCCUAGUUUUUGAUUGAUUUACUAGAUUACUCGAGUGGAUAUCUACUACGCGCGAAUAUCUUUUUAGUAAAUCGCAAUGAUUUAGAAAUAACUGAAUUUUAGUAGCCACCUGUGGCAUCACGUGUGACUCGCUUGUCUCCCGCACUCUACGUCGUCACUCGUAACGUAGUACACAUUAGAGGUAUAGUUUCAUCGCCUUCCUCACAUGGAGAUAUGCGAGUGAAGCCUGAGAAUACCAUAUAGGUAUAUUUUUCAUAAUCACACGAGCUUCAUUGUUCUCCGCGGCACUACAUCAUGCCCCACGAUGAAGAGCGAGCCUCCAUCACCACAGGUACGAUGUGUUACGAGGCGGGCGUGUGGCGCGGGCAGGCGGCGUGGCGGUCGCUGGCGGCGGAGUGCUGCGGCACGGCGCUGCUGGUGGCGCUCACCUGCCUCGCCUCGUGCGCCGACCCCGCGCCCACGCCGCUGCAGCAAGCGCUCGCCUCGGGCCUGGUCGUCGCUUUCAUAGUGCAGUGUUUCGACCACGUGUCAGGAUCGCAGCUGAACCCGACGGUGACGCUGGCGGCGGUGGUGACGGGGCGGGUGCCGGCGCUGGCGGGCGCGCUGGAGGCGGCGGCGCAGCUGCUGGGCGCGCUGGCGGGCGGCGCACUGCUGCGGCUGCUGGCGCCCGCGCCGCUGCCGCACGGCUUCUGCGUCACCAGGCCCCGCCAGGGACUCUCCAUCUACAAGGCGGUGGGCACGGAGGCGCUGCUGGGCGCGGGGCUGGCGCUGGCCAACUGCGCGUCGUGGGACGCGCGCAACCGCUGUCUGCGCGACUCGUGGCCGCUGCGCAUCGGCCUCACCGUCGUCGCCAUGUCGCUCGUCGCGGGUGACCUCACGGGCGCCAGCAUGAACCCCGCGCGGAGCUUCGCGCCUGCGCUGUGGAGCGGCGAUUGGACCAACCACUGGGUGUACUGGGCGGGCCCGCUGUCGGGCUCCGCGCUGGCGGGCGCGCUGUACCGCGCGGCGUGGCGUGCGCCGCCGGCCGCCGCGCCGCGCGGCGUGCUGCCGCCCUCUCCGCCCGCCGCCGACAAGCUGCAGCGCUAGAUUUUAAAUUCCGGAGAGGAGAAGAGGAAAGUCCAAAUCGUGUCAAGACCCAGCAAAUACCUCGGCGGCCGCAGCAGUUGAUAGCGAUGCGUUAUCUAUAGUCUAAGUAUAAACAUUU